UUGGACUGGAUACGGGUCCAAUGACCAAAUGGCAGCCGUUCCGACAACAACCCGACCCGAGCCGAUAGGACUGACAGCUCACGGCGGGACAGCCUGCUGCCAGACCCCGCUUUUUCCCUUUCUCGCUCGUCUUCAACCUCCGUCCAACUCGAUUCCGUUGGCACCCCAACUUCUUCCCUCCGGCCGGCCGUUCCUGUGAUUUUCUUGGGCUGCCGACGGCCGCGACGACCAUCACCUCCUCUCUUUCUCUCUCUUUCUCUGUCUCUCUCUCUCUCCAUAAGAACUGGGGAUUAGGAUUCAACAAAAUCGUAUAGAGGUUAGAGAGGGGUAGGAGGGGAGAUGGGGAAUAUAUUCACGAAGAAGCCUAAGAUCACGGAAGUCGACCGCGCGAUUCUCUCCCUCAAAACGCAGCGUCGAAAACUCGCGCAGUACCAGCAGCAGCUUGAGACAGUGAUUGAGGCUGAAAAACAAGCUGCAAAGGAUCUGAUUAGGGAAAAGAGGAAAGACAGGGCCUUGCUGGCCUUGAAGAAGAAGAAAGCUCAGGAAGAGCUCCUUAAACAAGUUGAUACAUGGCUAAUUAAUGUUGAGCAACAAUUGGCAGAUAUUGAACUAGCAAGUAAGCAAAAGGCUGUAUUUGAAAGUUUGAAGACAGGAAACAAUGCCAUCAAAGCUAUACAAAGUGAGAUCAAGUUGGAAGAUGUUCAGAAAUUGAUGGAUGAUACAGCUGAGGCAAAGGCCUAUCAAGAUGAAAUAAAUGCUGCAUUAGGGGAGCAGCUCUCAGCUGAAGAUGAGGAAGCCGUUUUGGCAGAAUUCGAGAACUUGGAAACUGAGCUCACACUACAAUCAUUGCCGACAAUUCCUGCUUCAUCAGUGCCAGCUGAAGAGGGUGCUAAACUGUUUGUUGAAAAGCAGCCUGAAGCAGAAUCUCAGGCAGAGGAAAAAGAAGAUGAGACUCUCGACCUUCCUGAUGUACCCACGAAAGUUCCUGUGGCCGCUAAAGAUAGUGCUGCCAAAAGAACUGACGUUUUGGAGGAGCCUCUACCUGCCUGAUCAAUGAAUUGUGAUAAGGAACAAUUUGGACUAUAGCCGCUUGCUCCAUGCUUCGAUCUCAACAGGCUUGUAAAUUGUAUGGAUCCUGCUUUGUUGCUUUUAUCAUUCCAUUCAGGCAUCUACGUGUGCUUACUGAAACUUAAAAACUAAAUUCAGAUCUGUAAAAGGUGUAGCGAAACAUUGCUUUUUUAUGUCAUAUAUGUUUGUAUUAUUUUUGGACUUUCUUCCACCCUUACAUGUUCUUUUAUAGGAUUAUAUCUGCCUAUGUUAAAGUUGAUUAUUUUCACAGUUACACUGGUUACUGCUAUGUUUUUGUAUUAGCGGUGCUAUUCUCAUUACAGUGAUGUGCUCGGUGAUGGCAAGCAGAGGAAUAAAUGCGAUUUAAGUGUAA